AUGGCAUCAAGCUUCGUAUUGUGGGCUUCGUUGAGCCUCGUCGGCCUCAGUGCUGCCCAACCCGCCAUCACCUUUCCGUUCAACUCCCAGCUGCCACCCGUCGCAAGGAUAGCGGAGCCCUUUUCGUACACACUCUCGCGACAAACGUUCACGUCCACGUCCAGCAUCACAUACAGCCUCAACGAUGCGCCAUCAUGGCUGUCAAUCGACAACAGCACAGGCCGCCUGUUUGGAACCCCCAAGGAAGAUGACGUAUCGAAGGGCGACGUGGUCGGUGUGCCCGUCGAUGUUGUGGCCACGGACAACUCCGGCUCUGCUACAAUGACGGCAACCUUGGUUGUCUCUCGGAACCGGGCCCCCAAAGUGAAUAACCCACUGGCUGAUCAGAUUCAAAAAUUUGGCGACCAGUCAGCACCGCACGCGAUCGUGUCCUACCCGGCUACGCCAUUCUCCUUCUCAUUUGCCACCGACACAUUUUCGGCCCAAACAUCUUUAGACUACUAUGCCACAUCGGCAGACAGCAGUCCACUACCGUCGUGGAUGAAGUUUGACCCGGCGACUCUAACAUUCUCUGGACAGACACCUCCAUUUGAGACCCUCGUUCAGCCUCCCCAGACCUUCGACUUCCACCUCGUUGCUUCGGAUGUAGUUGGAUUCGCGGGCGUUUCCAUCCUCUUCUCCGUUGUGGUCGGAAGUCGAAAGUUGACCGCCGACAACACCGUCAUUCAGCUCAACGCAACUCCUGGCGAUGCGAUAUCAUACACUCGUCUCCAGGAUGACGUCAAGCUUGAUGGGAAAAAAGUCGAUAGGUCCGAGGUGACUGUCUCGACUCGUGGCCUGCCGGGUUGGCUCACCUUCAACGAAACAUCUCUCAUCCUUCAAGGAACGCCCGCCGAGAACGACCAGUCAACAAAUGCUACCAUAACGUUCCAGACGGCCUUAUCUGACACGCUCAACAUUCGACUAGCGGUGUUCAUCGCGUCUGGCAUCUUUCGCAAAAACCUAUCUGACAUCGAAAUCCAGUCAGAUAAACCCUUCUCACUUGAUCUGGAGCCAUACCUGCAGACGCCAGACGAUACCACCGUCGAAAUCGAGUCUACGCCUUCCCAGGACUGGCUGAAGAUUGACGGUUUGCUUGUCUCGGGAACACCACCGAGCUCAUCUGAGAUAGACGACGACAUUCGACUGUCCAUAAGAGCAACCUUGAAACGAUCUGGAGAUAGUGAAACAAAGAACAUCCAACUAAGCGUCCUUGCUUCGGGAGAGAAGCCCUCCCCCACAAAGACUUCAGGUCCAUCUUCUACCGCGACGCAGACCCAGAGUCCGAAAAAGUCCGGAGAGGCAGGCUCGGCAAACUCAUUCGGGUCGGGGAUGAGCGCCGGACAGAUUAUGCUCGCAGUCUUGAUCCCGAUUUUCGUCAUCGCAGCUCUCGUCUUACUGUUCUUCUGCCUUCGAAAGAGACGUGAGCGUAAGUUCAGGAGGAUCGAAAGGAAGAAUAUCUCGGGCCCCGUCCCUGGCAGCUUCACGCAGAACGAUAGCCUACACAGCAACAGCCCGUCUAUUGCUGAGCCUGCCAAAGCCUAUAAUUCUAUCCCACCACCAGAACCCACGUAUCGCCCGGGACAGAGUGGUUAUAUACGUGCUGCGCUGCAACGAUUGCGAUCGACGCGCAGUGCUUCGAGCUUUGACAGCGACUCGCAUUCAGGUGUGAGCCUCGUUCCGCCAACGCUACCCGGCCUGCGAUCCCUGAGCGACAAUGCCAUAUCGGAGUCGAGAGGGUCAUGGCUCACUGAGGAAGGCUACCUCGGUCGAUUGAGCCGCGGCGGACCGUCUCAGCGACAAAGUCGGAAUUCUUUCCUCAGUCUGUACGAGAGCAUACGCAAGUUUCCCUCGGGGCCACGUUUCCUUCGUGCGCAGGAUGGCAACUCGUUCAGAAGCACCUUGGAUAUUACUAUACCUUCCAUGGACGACGAUGAGUUUGACCGCAAGAGUAUACAGCCCACACCAGAGGUGGCGUACAUGUUUGAGAAGCCUGGGCACUCUAAGAGAUCAGAGACAGCGACAAGCAGCAAUCUGCUCCCCGUGCCUCCUAUGCCAGCCGCCGCCUCUGAUGCACUGUCUUCCAUUCCGGAGCAGAUGAGCCCGCUCGGUUCUCACCCUACACACGGGAAAAGGUUUACGGGGACCAACCCGGCUGGUACAUUCAAAGUAUACAGCGACAGCGACGCUCAGUCGAGCAGCUUCCAGACUGUCUCUGGCUCAAGCGAAGAGCGCAGCGAUGGCGUCAGCCUCUAUAGACAAAUGUCCAUGCAGAGCGACAUGUCUAGAGCCAGACCUGUGAGCCGUCGUUCUGAUGCCAGCCCGUGGUUCGGUAGCCGCUCCGGUGUGCCACCCCGGACCCCGCGACGCCGGCAGACUGUGACAUAUUCGUCAUCCGCAUCCGUCCCAACCUCGACGACGGGCUCUUCGGACGCAGAGGUGAACUGGUCAACGAUUGCGCCAGGAACCUCGGCAGCCCGCGGCACAGAAAACUGGCAGACGGCCCCUCGCGACUCGCUCGGCAUUGCAUAUGAGGAGCUCGUGCGCGAGUCUCCAUUCUACCCAACACAAACUCCGCCACGCCGGCCGCUCAAGUCAGCAAAGAGAUCCGUUGGCUCGUCCAACCCUUUGUUUCAGGACGAAAACAGGCGCAACAGCGCAUGGAUGGGCAAAGGCGUAUCUCUUCGACGUGACAAGUCGCGCGAAAGCGAGUCAACAAUCAGUCUCAUGUCACCGAGCAAAUGGGACACUGGUGCCAGGGUACCGCUGGGCAAUCGAGCAGCUUCCUCGAUUCGACCUGUGAAGCCGUCGGCCGUGUGGCUCGGGGAAAGUGGAGAGCCGUCUCGUUACUCAACGUCCAAGCCUGGUUCUGGGGAUUCAGGCUGGGAGACCGAGGCGGGUGCUCCUAUGGGAAGGGAUGACAGCAGCACCAUAGGUGCGACGGCAAGGGAUGACAGCCGCAAGGGUGGGCUCGGGAGAACUGAGAGUGACGACUUUGCCGUCUUCAUCUAG